AUGGGAUACCCAGACAAGACGGUGGAGCAAGUUAAUAUACUGGCUCGUGAUAUUGGCAUAGAUUACAAGGAAAAGAAGAAGAACAAGCUGAAGCGCACAUUUGUUAAAGCAUCAGACGCUGCUGGGGCUAGAUACAAAGAACCAAGUCAGGGGAGGAAAUCUAGCCAGAAUCAGAACCAGCCACUUUCACAAAGGCCCUUGUCAUUUGUUAAAGCAUCAGAAAGUGGAGGAACUACAAGUCAAUCUGAACAGGUUCAAUUUGAUGUAAAUGAACAACAGAAGAGGAAACAUGACCAGUAUUCGAACCAAACAUUUGAGAAAAGAUCCUCGUUAUUUAAUGCGUCAGGAAGUGAAGAAACUAUAAGACAUUCUCCACAGUUUCAGUUUGGUGCAAAUGAAAGGCAAUCAGCUGUAAAUAAAUAUAAAAAAGCUGUUAUUCCGAACAUCAGACAGAGCAAAACUUCGUCCAUUUCUAAUACUUCUGUUAAUCAACGUGGCCGAGGCAUUGGGCCUAUGAAUGGUCGAUCAUUGAGAGGAAGGGGCACUUCUGGCUCUAAUUUAGAUGCCUUAGAACAACGUAAAAAGCGUUUUGGAAUACAGGACAAUGACGAUUUUUGGGUAUGCAAUGAUCCACUGUCAGAAUUUGUCAUUGUUCAGCGAGAUUACGUCAAAAGUCCGAAUGCAUUAUCUCUGCUAAAUAACUCUUCAGCAUUUUCCCGGUUGCCUUUGACAUACACCUGGUCUCCUGAUGAACUGCAGUGUACUGUGAUUAUCAAUGGAGUAGAAGUUGCCAAAGCUGGAGGAGAGAAUAUGAAAGCAUCCAAAGAAGCAGCAGCAGCCGAAGCUUUGGAGGUUCUGUCUCACCGCUGUUACACACUUCAGGUUAUGAAAAUUCAUGCAUCUGAAGAAGAGGUGUCGCUGGGUGAGGUUGCAAGUGGCAGAACUGCACGAGGUCAAGGUGCCUCCUUAGAUAAACCUGUUGAAGACAGUUCUAUGGGCAGCAAACUGUUGAAAAUGAUGGGAUGGACAGGAGGAGGCCUUGGCAAAGAAGGAUCAGGAAUUACUGAGCCGAUCAGGCCACAUGAAGUGUUUGGUCGUGAAGGACUUGGUCACAAACAAGAAGUUGGUGUAACUCCCCGGUUUCGAAACCGAAUCUUAGGCAUUAUACGUGACUUCUGCCAAGGAUCUGGAAUUGAAGAGCUUGCAUUUUCACCAGAUUUUUCAAAAGAACAACGAGCAGAAAUACAUAAAAUUGCACGUCGCUUUAAGCUGAAGAGUGUAAGUCAUGGUUAUGAAGAACAGAGAUAUUUGGUCCUAUCGCGCAAAUUUUCAGCAAAGCAACUCAUUCGAACACUUCUUGAGGAGGGACCAACAGACAAGUACAAGCUUAUUCCUCCUCAUUAAAUGUGAACUAGAAAACCAUGACUCAUCACAGAAACAUUAUUUAGUUGAAUUAGUGUUUUUCUUGAACAUUUGUGCUCAUUGAUGUUAGAAAUGUAAUGUGAUUUUUUUCACAGUUUUUAGUAAAUAAGAGUAGUCAAUAAGCAUACUGUAAUUUUAUGGAUUAAUUACUGCACUGUGCACCUGGUUUCGGCAAAAACUUCAUAGUGUAAUUGUUAAGGACAUUUUUGUUUUUAUAAAUGUUCAGGUACAGUUUGUCAAAAUGUUUCCCAACUCAACCAUUUUCAUUUCAAAACACAAAGAGUGAUGAAAACAUUAAAAAACAUUAAAAUUUAGCCUAAUUAAAAAAAAAAAAAGCACAACUCUCAGAGCACCUCAAGGUGCUCUGCGCAGCAUGGUAGUUAAGAACUAAUAUACACCACUGUAUUGUACAGAAAUUACAUGCAUUGACUCCAGUAAUUAAUUACAAUAAUAAGUACAGACAAAUUUUUAGGUGACCUUAAUGGUAGUUAAGAGCUAAUAUACACCACUGUAUUGUACAGAAAUUACAUGCAUUGAUUCCAGUAAUUAAAAUAAUAAGUACAGACAAAUUUUAGGUGACCUGUUUUUCUCUCACUGUGUGAUGUGACUUUAAAUAUAUGUAGCAUACAGAUAUAUAUAUUUAAAUAUAUGUAGACUUAAAACCACGAAGGAGAAAUUCAAGAUGCAUGUGUAAAGUUAUUUCCCGCUCGUUUCAUCUGCUGAAUCUCUACCAGCAUCCAGGUGACCCAGACAAGUACAACACUUGAGGAAGCAGCGAGGUCAACAAAAGUCACCUACUAUACUGACUCUAUAAAUAAAAGAUAACUUUCCCUUGUUGGGAAGCUUUUGUAGGUGCUGUAGUAUAAAAUACUUGUAAUUUGCAUAUUAUCUUUUGUUAAUAGAUAUGGAAAUAGGAUCAAUUGUGGUUCUUACUAGGAAAUCUUUCCUGGUCUGAUUUUUUAACAAAAUCUAACAUUUUUAUGUUAGAUUUUGCAUUAUAACAUCAAAAUUUUUAACAAAAUUAAAAAAAAAAAUUGAAUGUAGUCCUUUUAUGAUUGAAUUGUUCAAUAAUACAAAAAAUGGGUUUGUGAUGGUUGGUCGAGUACUUGAUGAGCUAGUUACAAAAUUCAAUGCAUAUCGUCACAUCAACAAUGGGCUCAACACUGUACUUGUGGUCGAUCUGGAGCCCAUUGUUGAUGUGAUGAGGUGCAUUGAAUUUUUUAAUAAGUUCAUCUAGAUUGUUACUUGCUUAGCUAAAUGAAUUAUGGGGUUCAGUCCCUGAGCCCAUUAUGUGCCCCUGUAACCCUUCCACUACUGCCCACAGGAUGGGUAUGGGGUGCAUAAUAAAUGAACUAAACUAACUGAUGUUCAAGCAAUAGACACACAAAAUAUAUUUGUCAUAUUAUCCUCAAUGUAAUAGCUGGAAUACUUCUGUUAAACUUAAUUUUCAUCUUGGUGAUUCAAACACACUAUUUUGAUAAAAGUUCAAAUUAAAAUUGUUGAAUUAUAUGACUUGAAGUUUAACAUUGUGAGAUUAACCUUGUAUAUAAAACUUGGUAAGUGUAACAAGGGUAAAUUUAAUAAUGUGUAACUUCCAGGGAGUAAGUCUGACAAUGGGGACUUACAUUGGUAAAAGUGCUACCUUGAGUAAAAUAACAAUGUAAUAGAGUAA